CUUCUGAGACUAAGAGGCCGGUGUGCUCUGAAUCCGAAUCUGAAAAGAAAAAGAAUAAGAACAAGAACAAGAACAUAAAGAAACAACUGCAGCAGUCGAGGCAUCAUGACUCUCCUAUUGUCCAUGGUGUUUCUAAGAGGUGAUGCAGCUUUAGCCCUGCAUUAUGCAAAUGUGAUUGAAUUGAUAGAGAAAAUAGUGUCAUCGCCGCAUCUUAUUGAUGAUCAUACUAGAGAUGACUUGUACAGCAAGUUACCAACUACAAUAAGGACUGAUCUGAGGGAAAAGCUUAAAUGGUAUGCAAAACGCAAGCAUGAUCCGAGCAUUGCAGCCGAAUGGAGCGUGGCGAUGACACAGAUUCUUGGAUGGUUGGCGCCGCUUGCUCACAGCAUGAUAAGGUGGCAUGAAGUGAGGAACUUUGAGAAGGAACACACUACUUCAGAAGCAAGUGUUUUGCUUGUUCAAACACUUUACUUUGCAAACCAAGCAAAAACUGAAGCUGCAAUUGUUGAGCUCCUUGUUGGUCUAAGCUAUGUUUGCCGGAUUAACAGAGAAGCUCAAAUCCGAGAGGCACGGCAGCCGGAAUUCUCUAGAUCAAGGUCUUUCAAUCGUGCUCAAUUGAGAAAUCAUGAUUUCUGCUAUGAGAUUUAAUAGACUAUGCUUUUGUGCACUGUAUGAAUAGAUCACUCUCUUGUAUAGCUCUCAUUUUUCAUAUGGGAGGUUUCUUUUUCUAUUUUUCCUCCAAAUAGUACUUUGAAAUUUGAAUAUUAAGAUGCUUAUUCUUAGCAAAUGUUACAUUCAGAUGAAUCAAUUUUGCUUUGAUGUACUUA